CAAUAUGGAGGCUCAGUGGCUUCAAAACAGCACCCCCUGUUAGUCACCUAGUGUAUAUAUAAAUCACUGGGCCAGACUCUCGCUCCCACUUCUGCCUUUUUGUCCGUGUUCUCAAGUUCAGAAAUCCCCUGGGAAUCCUCCUAAUCUACAUCGAGGCAACAUUUGCUUUUAUUUUACUGAAGUUUGUUUGUUAGGCUAAACUUUAGUCGAGAUACGCGGACGGUGAAAUCGUUUUAUACUGAGUUGAACGCUUGUUGGGCGACUUUAGUCUCGGUGGUGGUUGUGUUGUUUUUCCCCCCUUUUGUCCAUUUCGCUGGUUCUUUAUUUGAGAAGAGAACAACACAUCCAACUCUAAACCAAAAUGGACACGGGAGUAUCUCCAGCUCGCGCAACUCUGCGGGUCGGCGCAUAACGGAUACAUAAACAGGAUCUAUUUUAAUGGACGAGAAAAUCUUCUUUUUUUUCAUUUUGAUAAUCCUUACCACUUAAACUUUUAGGCUGAUAUAAAUGUAUUAAAGCUGAGUGGAGUGGAUUAUCUCGUAUCAUGUCAAGGAUUUUGAUAUCGAAAUAGCCUAAUUUCUCACUUUUUUUCCUCGGAGUGGAAUGAUACAAUCUGGGGGUUCAUAUCAGUUGGAUAACCCUACUACUACUAACAUGGUAUAAUCGAACCGUAGCCUAUUGAAUGGGAGUGUCGACUGGACUCUUCUCGUAUUAUGAAACGGUUCUGCUGAAGUUUGGUGGGUUGGUUGGUUAAACACGGACCAUGUCGGGAGUUGUGCGGAGCCUGAGCCGCUGCCUGCUGCCGGCCGAGGCCACCCGAGAGGCGGGCGGCAGCAAGGACAGGAUCCGGGAAAGGGACGCGGUGCAGGAGCGAGAGGCUCGGCGGAGGAGCCGGGAGAUUGAUGCCAUGCUUGCACGAGAGAGGCGUGCUGUGAGGCGGCUCGUGAAGAUCCUUCUCCUCGGUGCUGGAGAGAGCGGCAAAUCGACCUUCCUCAAACAGAUGAGGAUUAUUAAUGGGAAAGAGUUCGACAAGAAAGCUCUACUCGACUUCCGGGACACAAUCUUUGAGAAUAUCAUAAAGGUGUUGUUCCCUUCAGAGGCAUUGGGAGAUUGCUUCAUAGAGCCCCUGGAACACAUUAAGAAGCUGAUCCUGGCAAAUACUUUCAAAGCUGUCAGCAUGUUCGUCCAAUGGAAACAAUGGAAUCAGAAGAUCAAAACGACUGUUGUCUCUUCCUGUUCACAGAGUGAGUCGGUGAAAUACUUCCUGGAUAACCUGGACCGGAUUGGCCAGCCGAACUAUAUCCCUAGUCGGCAGGACAUUCUGUUUGCACGGAAGGCGACUAAAGGAAUCGUAGAACACGACUUUAUUAUAAAGAAGAUUCCGUUUAAGAUGGUUGAUGUGGGGGGUCAGAGGUCACAGAGACAGAAAUGGUUUCAGUGCUUCGACGGAAUCACAUCUAUACUGUUCAUGGUGUCAUCAUCCGAGUACGACCAGGUUCUGAUGGAGGACCGGAGGACCAAUCGGCUGGUAGAGAGCAUGAACAUCUUUGAGACGAUCGUGAACAACAAGCUCUUCCUCAACGUGUCCAUCAUCCUCUUCCUCAACAAGACUGACCUCCUGGUGGAGAAGCUGGGCCAGUCUGACAUCACUAAACACUUCCCAGAAUACAGGGGAGACCCUCGCAGGCUGGAGGAUGUACAGGCGUUCCUGGUGCAAUCGUUCAGUCGUAAGCGGCGUAACCGUGGGAAACCUCUGUUUCAUCACUUUACCACAGCGAUCGACACAGAGAACAUCCGCUUUGUGUUCCACGCUGUUAAAGACACCAUACUGCAGGAGAACCUCAAAGAUAUCAUGCUGCAGUGAUACACACAUUAUACACACACAUUAUAUACACACACACAGACACAUUAUAUACACACACACAGACACACAUUAUAUACACACACACACACACA